GGGCGAGCGGGCAGGCUGGUGGGCGUGCGGAGGACGCGCGAGCGGAGGACGCGUGUACGGUGCACACUCAGUCUGAGGCGCUCAGGCUCUGGUCUAAGCACUGAGAAUACAGCAAACCCCUACCUACCUUCACGGACUUUAUACUGUGGGAAGACACUAUGAACAGAUAACUAUGUAAAAGGUAGAGUGCCUUUGAUGCUAAGUGUCAUGGAGCAAAAUAAAGCUAGGAGAGGGGACAGGGUUACUGAAGUGGGGGGCUUCAGUUCCAAUUCCCGGAAAGGGUAUGAUGGAACUGAGACAAAGUUAAAUGAGGGAGCCAGACAGCGGACCUGUGCAUUCAGGAAUAACAAAGAAAGUGAGGGGAAAAUGGGUGGGAGACUGAAUGCAGAGAGAAAAGAAGGGGGCAGGUCACAUCUGGAAGGAUCUUUUGACUAUUUUAAGGUCUUUUGCUUUUACUGAGAUAGGAGCAUUGGGAGGAUUUUGAGCAGAGAAAGGUUGUUAUCAUAUACACAUACUGUGUCCUUAGACCCUGAGUCGCUAUUAAAACCAAAUAGCUGGGGUGGCGCCUGUGGCUCAGUCAGUAAGGCGCCGGCCCCGUAUACCGAGGGUGGCGGGUUCAAACCCGGCCCCAGCCAAACUGCAACCAAAAAAUGGCCGGGCGUUGUGGUGGGCGCAUGUAGUCCCAGCUGCUUGGGAGGCUGAGGCAGGAGAAUCGCCUAAGCCCAGGAAUUGAAGGUUGCUGUGAGCUGUGUGAGGCCACGGCACUCUACCGAGGGCCAUAAAGUGAGACUCUGUCUCUACAAAAAAAAAAAAACCAAAUAGCUGGCUCAGCGCCUGUAGCUCAAGCAGCUAAGGUGCUGGCCACAUACACCAGAGCUGGUGGGUUUGAAUCUAGCCCAGGCCUGCCAAACAGCAAUGACAACUACAACCAAAAAAUGGCUGGGUGUUGUGGCCGGCGUCUGUAGUCCCAGCUAUUUGGGGGGCUGAGGCAAGAGAAUCACUUAAGCCCAGGAGUUGGAGGUUGCUGUGAGCUGUGAUGUCACAGCACUCUACCCAGGGUGACAGCUUGAGGCUCAGUCUCAAAAAUAAAUAAAUAAAUAAAUAAAUAAAACCAAAUAACUAACCAACUCACCCGCCUCCACUCAGGCCCCCUUGAACUUCCCUCCUCUAAGCAGUUCUCUCUGCUCAUUGUUUGAAGUGGCAUUGACACCCUGCCCCACCCUUAAUCUUUUACAAGUGUUCUUUUCUUCCUGGCACUGACCACAUUCAUUAUGGCAUAGAACUGUUUGUUGACUGUCCUCCUACACACACAAUGUAAGCCCCCUGAGGUCAGGGCUAGAAGUCUGUCCUCCCCCAGGUGUCCUCAGCCCAGAUGCCGAUUUCAGAUGCUGAUCUCUUGGAGUUCCACAUAUUGUUAUUCAGGUCUGAGCUCAAUUGUCCUGAGAGCAGAAGGUCCUGACCAACUAUCUAAAGUAGCCCCACCCUGCUAGAGGCCUUGCAAAUUAUACUCAGAUGACCUCCAUAUGUCUCCAGUGCCUCCUGGGGCCUCAGUUUCCCCAUCUGUCAAAGGAGUUAGGGGAGGUUGUCUGAGGUGGUUUCUUCUUCAAUACCACCUCCUCUGAUCAGCUAAUUUUAAGCUCCCCCAGCCGUGCCAUCCUCUAUUACAUUGCCUUAUUUUAUCUUUUUACAUCACCUUUAUCAAGUCCUAAAAGAUUCUCCUUAUAUAUUUGCUCAUUACACCCUGUUCUGUCCCUCCCACCCCCAUCAGAAUGUAGGUUCUGAGAGGCAAGAUGGGAGUCUGUCUUGUUCACAAACAUAGCCCCUUCUAAUUCAACAUGUCAACACACAUUUUUGAGCUUCAACUGUGUGCCUGACAUUCUUUCAACUGGUAUUUGCAGAGCACCUAACCAUGUGCUGGGCACUAGGCCGUGGAAAAGCAGAAGUCCACAGAGUCCCUGCCUAAUUGCAACCCUCUAUAGAGAAAGUAAACCCCUCCCCCCAACCCUUUUGAGACCAUCUCUCUGUAGCCUAGGUUACAGUGUAGUGGUGUCAUCAUAGCUCACCUCAAACUCCUGGCUAAAGACAUCCUCCUGCAUCAGCCUCCCGAGUAGCUGAGACUACAGACACCCAUCACCAAGCCCUGGUAAUUUUUCUAUUUUUUGUAGAGACAGGGUCUUGACACUUUUGCUCAGGCUGGUCUCAAACUCCUGGCCUUUUGAUCAGGCUGGUCUCAAACUACUGGCCUCAAGCAAUCCUCCCACCUUAGUCUCCAGAGUGCUAGGAUUAAAAGCUUGAGCCUCUGCUUGGCGCCUGUGGCUCAAGCGGCUAAGGCACCAGCCACAUACACCUGAGCUGGUGGGUUCGAAUCCACCCCGGCCGGCCAAACAACAAUGACGGCUGCAACCAAAAAAUAGCCCGGUGUUGUGGCAGAUGCCUAUAGUCCCAGCUACUUGGGAGCCAGAGGCAGGAGAAUCGCUUGAGGCCCAAGAGUGGAGGUUGCUGUGAGCUGUGAUGCCAAGGCACUAUACCUAGGGCAACAGCUUGAGGCUCUGUCUCAAAAAAAAAAAAAGAGCUUGAGCCUCCAUGCCCUGCUGAGAAAGGAAAUCCUGACUAGGCACAAAGUAUCAAGGUUCACAUUCUUCACUCGGGGCCUCAGUUUCCCCUUUUGUAAAAUGGGGCUGCAGGAUGAAAUGAUGGCCUCUGAUCCAGCCCAGCCACUACGUUUAAAGCCCUUUUCCUGGUAUUCUACUGCUAAAAGCAUGAUCUCUAGUUUUCAUGUGGAGGAGAUGGGGUUUUGACUGGGGAUGAGGGGGUAAGAGUGUGUGUUCUUGGGAGAGUGAGGGUGACAAGACCAGUUGUGCCCAUAAGGAACGUCAGAUGGACGAACGUCUUCCCCUCUCUUAAUCUUAGUUUCUUCCUCCCUAAAGUGAGCAUGCCAGACACCACAACUCCCAGGCUGGGGAUCGGACAACAGUUUUCCGCAAAGCUGCCAGCUGGGUGGUUACCCGGACUGUGCUAGCUCUGAGCCUGUGAGCCGGCCCAAGACCACUUGGGGCAGUGGCGGCGAUGCGGCCGGAACCCAGGCUCCGCGGCUCCCGGCCCGCCCGGGCCUCUGCAGUGGGAGCGCAGGCGGAAGUGCGGGCUGCAGCACCCGUGGACCUCGCCAGGACAAUGCAGACUCCUCUGACCAUUCCUGUGCCUGUGCUCCGGCUCCCCCGGGGCCCUGAUGGCUCGAGCCGUGGCUUUGCCCCUGAUGGACGCAGGGCCCCCUUGAAUCCCAAGAUUCCUGAAAUCCAGGAGUGUCCCAUAGUUCAAGAAUCUCUGGAAUCCCAGGAACAGCAGGCCCGAGCUAUCCUUCGAGAGCGCUACCUCCGCAGCCUGCUGGCCAUGGUGGGUUGUCAGGUGAGCUUCACGUUGCACGAAGGUGUGCAUGUGGCUGCCCACUUUGGAGCUACCGACCUGGACGUAGCCAACUUCUAUGUGUCACAGCUGCAGACUCCCAUAGGUGUGCAGGCUGAGGCGCUGCUCCGAUGUAGUGACAUUAUUUCAUACACCUUCAAGCCAUAAAGAUUAUUAUUGUGUUCACCUGUCUGCCUGAAGAUCCUAGGCCUCUAAAUAUUCCUGCGCCAGGAACUUUGGGCCUCUUAGAAUUCCCCUGGAAUUUUGAGCCAAGCAACUUUGGAUUCCUGAGACCUCAAGGAACUAGUCAGCAAAAAUCUGUGACCCUGGGAAUUCUAGAUCCCGUUGAAAGGAAUGCUCUACCUCUCAGAACUCCGAACUCUACAGAAACAUGGGCCUGAUGCCAUUUCCUGAAGACUGGGAGUCUGGGGUUUGUGGGUGGAAGAAUAAGGGAAGGCAAAUUGCAGAGACAUUGCUUAUUGAGGAGAUUGCAAAGUCCAGCCCCCUGAAUAUACUCCCCAAUGCCCCCCUCCUGCUAAAGAAUCAAUUAUCCCAGGAAAAUUCCACUCG